CAAGUUUUUAUAGAGAGGAUGAGGAUGGAAAGACGUCAAAUUCAUAGUUAUUUAAUACAUCGGGUCAAUGCAUAUACAUUUUUUUGAUAUACUAUGCAUUUAUUUUAAAGGGUGUGUUUACAUUUUCUAGCACUAGGUUUCGUGGAAUACAUCCAGAACUCGCACUGCAAGAAGACGUAACAGUUACUCCUCUCCCACAAUGAGGCUACUGAAACGAGGAAUGUUUCUACUGCUCCUGAAGCUCACCAUUGCACUGGGAUCACUAUGGAUCCUCUCACUACUAACUCGCAGUAAUCCAGGCUGGAAUCCCAGCUCCGUUCUCUGGAACAGCUGGUUGGAGUAUACAGACUCUGAUGACAGCCCAGAGAAAGUGUGCAACUGCUCAGCUAUCCUGCAGGGAGAGAGGGAGGCACUGGAGCAGGCCAAAUUACUGACCAUCACCAAAGACUUCCACAAGAGUGUUCACGUCCCUGAUGAACAUUACGUGAAUGCAACCGAAGACUGCAGUGCAUUCAAAUUAAGACGAAAAUACUUAACAUCUCCGUUGAGCCAGGAAGAAGAGGACUUUCCCCUGGCAUACUCUAUGGUUGUGCAUCAUAAGGUGCAGAGCUUUGAGCGCCUGCUGCGAGCCAUCUACGCACCUCAAAAUAUAUAUUGUGUCCAUGUGGACAAAAAGGCAAAAUCCUCAGUCUUAUUUGCCAUCUGGGCAAUUACUGACUGCUUCCCGAACAUCUUCUUGGUCAGUCAGCCUGUUGAUGUGGUCUAUGCGGCCUGGUCACGUGUCCAGGCUGACCUUAACUGUUUGGCAGAUCUCUAUAACAGCAGCACACAAUGGAAAUACGUCAUCAACCUUUGUGGCCAAGAUUUCCCUCUGAAAACCAACUUGGAGAUUGUAAGGACACUGCGUUCACUGAGGGGCGGGAACAGCUUACAGUCAGAAGAAAUACCUGCAGGAAAUCUGUUGAGAGUGAAAAAUGCAUUCGAAGUAAUAGAUGGAACAAACCAGGAUACAGGGAAGGGAAAUGAGCCGCCACCCAUCAACAUCACCAUAAUGUCUGGAAGUGCCUACUUUGUUGUCAGCCGGGGCUUCAUCCGCAGUGUGUUGGAGGACCGCCGAGUGCCAGCACUGAGGGAGUGGCUCAAACACACCUACAUUCCUGAUGAAUUGUUCUGGGCAACCAUUCAGCGAAUGCCCGGAGUUCAUGGCUCAACACGGCCCCACAGAAUAUAUGACAUGUCAGACGUCAAUGCCAUCGCUCGCCUGGUGAAGUGGCAGGUGUUCGAGGGGUCGCAGGAUUCACCGGACGCGAGGUACCCAGAGUGUCACGGCAGCCACGUCAGGGGAGUAUGCAUAUAUGGUGCCGGGGACUUACAGUGGAUGCUCAAGCAGCAUCAUCUCUUUGCCAACAAGUUUGACAUAGACACAGACCCCGUUCCUGUCUACUGUUUGGAGAAAUAUCUAAGAAAAAGGGCACUGUCUGGUAUAUAAUAGAUAUUUUUCAUAGCAACUGACAAUGGCAUUCAAUUCAAACCUUUAUCAAUACAGGGAAAGGCCAUGUAGCAGCACGUGAUUUAAUUUCAAGACGUAUUUUAAAUUUGUUUAUAAUUCUAGAGUGAUGAACACAAAUUAAAAUGUUUCAUUAGUGGCACUAUUCAGUUCCAUUCAAUCACGUCUCUCUGCGAUGCACAGAGCAGCCAAAGAUAAUAAUAUUAAUAAUAAUAGUUGUGAAAAGGGGGCUUUCUCCCCCCUUUUCACAAGGCGCUGUCUGCCUAUAUUAGACAUUUGGUCAUUUGAUUAUAAUUGAAAUUUUCAUUAUCAAUUCGAUUAUGUAGAUAAUCUGGUUUGGAGUUGUGUGUUGAAUUGUUUUCACAGCAUGUAUGUGUUGACAGUUGAUUUUGUUAUGUCUGUGAUGUGGCUCUGUUUGAUUGUUGUUUUUCCAGAUCUGUGAAUGGGGUCAGAUCAGCAGGUCGAUCAGGGAGAGGUGUGUAGGAUCAGGUCUCUGAGAAAGGAGGGGCUGGAGUUUACAGAGAAUGGAGGACGUGUUCUGCAUUAGAUGACAUUCCAGUCAACCUAUUGCAUUUAUCUGCUGAACUUUUGCAGAUAGGUUGAAUUGAUUGGUCAGCAGUAGCCCAGGGUCCAAACGUGGUCUUGUCCUGAGUGUGGUUUCUCUUUGUCUUUCUGUUUAGCUCACCUUAUACUUACCAGCACAGAUUGCAUGUUCCAGGCAGGUGAGGCUAUAAAGCCAUUCAGUAGUGAGGGGGGGGGGAGACAGGAGUUGGCAGCUUGGUGAGGCUGCAGAUUUUUCUAGUUUGUUUGUCUUUUUCUUUCUCUGGUAUGAUUUAGUAAUUUUUUUUUGAAUUUCCCAGGAAUAUUCUUGUCUUUCUGUUGUAGAACGUUGUUUUUAAUAAAAUGCAAAACAUUUUCAUCUA